AUGCUCUGUUAUCAUAACAUUUGUCGCAUUUAUUCCAAAUUUAUUCGUUCAAAUCGCUUCUGGGUAUAUAGUGUACAACAUUCGAAGCUUAAGCAUUAUGCAGUUGUUGUACCGUUCAAAAUAAAUGGAAAGGCGGGUAUGGCGAAAGCAGGCGAAUGA